UAAAUAUACUAUUACAACUGGAAUAAAAGUUAAGAUAAAUUACGUCAAAAAUAAGCAAGGGGUGUCAUAGGUAGGAAUAUACGCACCAAAAAUAUAUUGUGAACUAAAUUUUGAUUGAUAGUAUUAUUCAUUUUUUAAGGAAGGCGUAAUGGGCCCUAAUAGGACUGUCGUGUUUCAACUAUUUUAUUACUCAGAGGAAAUGAUUAUAUUUUGGCUUCCUAUAUUGUACCGCGUGACUGUAGUUUUCGUGACCAAGUGUCCAAGGUGGAGCUGUAUGACGUCAUGCAUUCAUGGCAUUCGUAAUCAUAUCCGGGAGAUUGUGAAUAUUGAGCUUCGUCUCUCUACUUUACUUUUGUGGGGAGUGGAGCUUAAAAAAUCUAAUAAUCUGCUUCUUCUUCAUCAAUUCUCACACGAGAAACCAUCAACUGGUCGAGUUCAAGUUGAUAGGUUUAUCCUUUUCAAGAUGGCUAGCCGUAAAACGAAGAAGCCAACCAAAAAGAGGGCUCACAGAGCUACUUCAAAUGUGUUCGCCAUGUUUGACCAGAGCCAGAUUCAGGAGUUCAAGGAAGCAUUCAAUAUGAUUGAUCAAAACCACGAUGGAUUUGUCGAUAAAGAAGAUCUCCACGACAUGUUAGCCUCCCUUGGUAAAGAUCCAACGGAUAAGUACCUCGAAGACAUGGUGAACGAGUCUCCUGGGCCCAUCAACUUUACCAUGUUUUUAACUUUGUUCGGAGAGAAGCUAAACGGCACUGAUCCAGAAGAUGUUAUUCGUAACGCUUUUACUUGCUUCGAUGAAGAAGGCGGUGGUAAAAUACACGAAGAUGUACUUAAAGAGGCUAUGAUGACGAUGGGAGAUCGAUUUUCUGAAGAGCAAGUAGAUGAUAUCCUUCGAGACGCUCCCAUUGACAAGGAAGGCUAUUUGGAUUACAACACAUUUACACGUAUCCUCAAGCACGGCAAGAAAGAUGAUAAUGACUAAUAUUUAAAAUAUGGGAGGAUUGAAGAACUUUUAUUAAAGAACAAUCAUUUGUUUUACUAACUCUUAACUGGCAUUGUAAAGCUCCUAUUCCUACUGAUAAUAAUUGUGUGCUGCAGAUACAUGUGUAAUCGUACAGUUGUGAAUUUUCUCUGACCCUUUGCUAGGAUAAUCCUUUUAGGCGUUGUAAGGUUCCACUUGGAAAAGCUUACUCGAGCAAAUAACUAAUGAAUGUCACUUCAUUCAGAAUCUACAAUGAAUAACUUUCGUUUCAAACAAUAAGUUGUUCACUGUAAACAGUUAUUCUUUCAUGUUUGCACAGCACUUAUAAAGGCAUCCGUUAUUUUCAUAAUAUCUUUCUGUAUAUCAUUUUGCUAAUUGGCCAAUAAACCCUUAAAAUAUAAUGA